GAUUUCCCCCGUGGACGCUGUGCUGCAGCCCUACUUCCCCUCCCCGCACGGCCCCCGGCACAGCCACAGGCACGUCAGAGACUGUCAGCCCCUCAAGUACGGCAACGUAACGCACGAAGCUUGGCCCAGUGACUACAGCACAGGUGGCCCAGUGGCCACCACGAGAACGGCGGUCUAUGGCCACUUCACUUUUGUGAGGAACCCCCUGAGGACCGUCUCUGUGCUAGAGCCGGGUGGCACAGGGGGCUGCCAGGCUCACCGUAGGGUGACUGUGGAAGAGACCGCAAGGCUCGGGAGGUGUCUGGUGGCCCAGAACGGUGGCUACUUUGACAUGGGAACUGGAGAGUGCCUUGGGAACGUUGUGAGCGAUGGGAAGCUGGUGAGAAACUCGGGAGGCCUGCAGAAUGCUCAGUUUGGCAUCCGGAAGGAUGGCACCAUGGUGUUCGGUUACCUCUCUGAGGAAGAUGUCUUGGAUCAAGCAAACCCUUUUGUGCAGCUUGUGAGCGGGGUAGUUUGGCUCCUGAGAGGUGGAGAAGUGUACGUCAGUCAGAGCCAGCUGGCUGAGUGCAGUGACACUCAAACCACAGGAACCUUUGACAAGUUCAUCAAUGUGAUAUCAGCCAGGACUGCAGUUGGACACGACAGUCAGGGGCAGCUGGUGUUGGUUCAUGUGGAUGGACAGACAGAAUCCAGAGGGGUCAACCUCUGGGAAAUGGCUGAAUUUCUGAAGCAGCAGGGACUCAUCAAUGCUAUCAACCUGGAUGGGGGAGGCUCUGCCACGCUGGUCUUGAAUGGAACCCUGGCAAGCUACCCCUCUGAGCACUGCUCCUUUGACAGCAUGUGGCGCUGCCCCCGAAACAUCUCGACCAUCGUGUGCAUCCACGAGCCUGGCUGCGAGCCCGCGGACUGCAGCGGCCACGGGGCCUGUGUCCAGGGGCAGUGCCACUGCACCGGGGCCUUCUGGAGAGGUCCAGCCUGUGACAUCUUGGACUGUGGGCCUUCCAACUGCAGCUUGCACGGCGUCUGCACCGACUCUGGAUGCCUGUGUGACGCUGGCUGGAUUGGCAGCAACUGCAGCGAAGCCUGUGCUCCUGGGUUCUAUGGAGCUGCUUGUGCCCAGGAAUGACAGUGCCAGAACGGGGGGUCNNNCGACCCUGUGCAUGGAGCCUGCUCCUGCCCAGCCGGGUACCACGGCACCAGCUGCGAGCAAGAGUGUCCCGUGGGCUGGUAUGGGCCGAACUGCCUGGAGCGAUGUCCCUGUGAGCACUCGUGUCCCUGCGACCAGGAGACGGGCAGCUGCAACGUCACCUCCAGCCAGUUAAACAAAGCUGGGCAGUGUUUGGUUUCCCAGAGUAAAGGAAGGAGCAAAGAAAAAUUUUCUCUGUCAGAGAAAACCUGGAUCACCAUGACCUCUGUCUUGGCUCUGCUGCUCAUGAUCAGUGCCGUGGGCAACGUUGGCCUUUUCCUCAAGGCCAGGUCAGAGAGGCACCAUGAGGGUGGUGACUACCUCUACCAGCCCCUGAGGAAGAUGAAUGGGGAAGCCAGUCCUACCUCCUCCUUGGCUGCCUGGGAGACAGAAGAUGCUCAGGACCAGAGUCAAGCCCUUCUUUAG